AUGGCGCCGUCAUGGAGAAUCGCCAUAGGCUGCGAUGAAGCUGGAAUCUCGUACAAGGACGCCAUCAAGCGCGACUUCGAGUCCGACAGCCGUGUAGCCGCAGUCAUCGACGUCGGCUCACACGAGGGCACUGACAAGACGGCCUACCCAACGCGGGCGGCAGCAGCGGCGCGCCUCGUCGCCGAGGGCAAGGCAGACCGGGCGCUGCUCAUCUGCGGGACUGGCCUGGGCGUCGCCAUCUCGGCCAACAAGAUCAAGGGCAUCCGGGCGGUGACGGCGCACGACAGCUUCAGCGUCGAGCGCAGCGUGCUGAGCAACAAUGCGCAGGUGCUGUGCAUGGGCGAGCGCGUUGUCGGGCUGGAGCUGGCGAGGCGGCUGGCCAAGGAAUGGCUUGGGUAUGAGUUUGACACGGCGAGCGCGAGCGCCAAGAAGGUGGAGGAGAUAGCCCAGCUCGAGGCCUGA